GGGGGAGAGAACAUGAUGAUAUUUAUGAGGUCAUGAGUGGCUAUAUAAUGGGUGAAACUGGGAGCUGAGGCUACAGUUAGACAGGAGUUCUGAGUUACAGGGUUGGACAUAACGAAACGUCCAACACAGCAACGAUGCAUAAACUGAUACUCUGCUGUCUCAUUAUCAUCAGUGUCUCCUGUCCUCUCCUGUCUCUCCCCAUCAUCAAUGCCAGUGAGAUGUCUUAUCAACACUCAGCUGAUGAAGAUUCAAGGUUAAACCUGGAGAGGCUGGGCAGCCUUGGAAGCACCUCCCUGCUCCAGUUCCUGCCAGAGCUCCUGGGCACACUGACUGAGGACAACAAAGCAGGUCUUACCCCCAGCAACUACAACCCAGGGGAAAAUAUCAAAGAGACUUUCUAUGGGAAUCAUCCUCGAAUUGCUUUGCUGGGACGCUUCUUGACCAAGGACAGGAAACAGUACAAGAAACGUGGGAAUCUUUCUGAAUGCUUCUGGAAAUAUUGUGUGUAAACAGGAAACUCCCUGACUGGUUGCAUAAUUUAUACAGAUGUCUGAAAACAUGUAUAUAGAUUCGCUUGAUUUAAAAUGAGAAUGAAGAAACACGAAGGCAGCGCCUAACUUUAGACUCUAUGCUACUUGGAAAUAAAUAAAUUCUUGAUGUUUUGCAAUUAUGUUGUGACCAAUGUAGUAAUUUCUUAGAGCUCAGCACAAAAGGAAGGAAGUAAUGAGAGAAAGAGACAAUUACACAGCCCAAAGAGAACUUGGGCAGGGGAAGCAAAAUUCCCAUGGGGUUCUGUGAAAACUCCCAGAAGGGCUCAACUGUGUCUAAAUCCAGAGGCAAGGGGAUUUUCUCCUUUGUCACUUGAUGUAGAUGCGGGGGUCAGGAUAAAGGAAUAUUGCUGCAUUCCCUGAAGAUGUUGAGCAGGUUAGGGAUGGCAGCUUAAUAAUUUUUUGCAUCACAAAAACAAUCAGCACGUGUCAGGAUGAAGCAGCUGCUCCCACUACUGCUGGACAAGAUUGUUCCUCUCAGUCACUUGUAAAAAGACCCAAAAAUCAAUUCCUUAGCCCAGCCCCCAGCUACCCAUCACAGGGCUGCCUGUGCAUAUGAUGGGUUUAAAGAAUUGUGUGUGAUUAUCAUCAAGCACAGUAUGGAAGGUAAACAUGAUUGUCAAUGUCCAAACCUUACACACAGAUUUGGACAAUCAGUGGAGGCAGGAAUGACACCAUGUGAAAGAUUCUGUGGCUGUGACCUGCACACAGGAAGGUGAUACAUGGACAGAGAUAAUCUCUGUUACCUCCUGCUUUGAGACUCAAGGGCAGUGACAUUUGCUCCCCUGAGCUACCACUCAUUGAUAAUGCUGCUGUAUCUUGGCAUGUAAUGUAAAUAAAGGAGAGGACAAAACAGUAGCUACAAGAAGCUUCUAGCCUGACUCCCCUGUACGCAGAGCACCUCCAGACUCUCUCAGUCCUGGGUACCUUCUGAGAGUAACUACAAGAAAUAAAGCUAAAUGGUCUCUGGGGGAUGCCAUUUUUGAUAAUAUCACAAACUGUCUGAGCUGUGAACCCCUGCUCAAUACAUACUUUGUACAAACCUCACCCCAAUCAAGGAUCACAGAAAGCUUCAAGAAAACACCUAACAGUGAUCCACAGGCUACAUUGAUCUCAAUAGUGCACACCAUAAAUCUCUGCCUGUGCUGUUUAAACAAAGCCUACAGGUUUAAAACAGCUUGCUCACCUCACGUAAAUUCUAAGACAGAUGAUGCCAGCUGUAAUAGAGAAAAAUGUCCCCAAAGAGCAGCAGGAUGCACUGUGCAGCUAUUUGAAAUCUUCUAAACAUUCAUCCUUCUCUCUUACACACUGGAGCAAGUCAGUGGCUCUCUGGAAACUACU